GAGGAAUUCUUUCGUCAGCUGUGGAUGUGAGAGGUUAUAUAUUUUGACGUUAGAGGAAUAACGUUUGUCAUUGUGUCGUGAUGUUUAGAGGUAUUGAAAGGAAGAACAGACUGUGAAGAGCCAAAUAUCUUUAGUGUAAAGACUGAAGUGGAAUUUGGGAUAAUAAUAUAACAGUGAAUAGCUUGACACAGGCAGUAUGAAAGAAACUGGCUGGUUAACAUCAUCUUUGCUGCUGCUGUUCCUGUGUUCAGGGCCAGCAGUAGUAAUAGCUGCAUGGGGACAAAGCAGUGACAGUGUCCUCCUGAAGGAUGUGGAAGUGCUGACCUUGUAUGCGGGAAAAAUGACGAACGGCGGACGGUCUUCACCAGUCCCACAGCUGGAGUGUGUUAAAGACGGAACAGCUCCAUGUGAUGCUUUCAAUCCUCGAGUUGUCCAGUGUUAUAACCGAGGCUUUGAUGGAGUGGAUGUACAAUGGGAAUGCAAGACUGAUAUGGAUAAUGCUUUCAGGUUUGGUAAUAUUGAAGUAUCCUGUGAAGGCUACAGCAACAGAGAUGAUCCUUUUGUCUUGAAAGGUUCCUGCGGAUUGAGAUACUCCCUUGAUUACACCAAAGAGGGACUUAAUAACCAAGGAAACAAGCAUAACUAUUAUUCAAAUCAGAAUCAGCACAGUGACAGCAGUUAUGGCUGGUCUUAUCAGAACCAGGGAAAGGAAAAACUCUCAAGUGCAAGUUACUUUGCAGACUUGAUUGUAUAUGUAGCCAUUGGACUUAUGUGUUAUGCAUUUUACAAGACAUGCAUUGGAUCCAACCGUCAACAAGGACAAGAUGCCCACAGCACAACAAAUGAUGAUUAUCCCGCAGGAGGUGGAGGUGGAGGUGGAGGAUAUGGUUGGUUUGGUGGAAACACCCACCCCACAGCUCCACCUCCUCCUGCUGGCUUUCACCCAGGGUACACUGAUGAUGCCUCAUGUCAUAGGAACCGAACAGCUCGUGGAGGUAAUGGUGGCGGCUUUUGGACAGGUGCUGUUACAGGUGGAUUACUUGGCUACAUGUUUGGCAAUCGAGGCGGUCAACAGAAUCAUGGGUACAGGGGAAACUAUGGAGGGGGAGGAUGGGGUGGUGGUGGAAGUGGCUUUUCUGGUAGAAGUGGUUUUUCUGGUGGGUUUGGGGGUGGUGGCUCCACUGGCACCCGAACGGCCUCAGGCUUUGGUGGAACAAGCCGUAGGUAGAUAUUGCCUAUUGUGUUCAUGUGACAUAUUUUGUUUUUCGUGUUUAUAUUGGGUAGAUUUAGAAUAUGAUUUUGCCUCUCAGAUCAAAAAUAUGUUGGAUCAUUUAAUGUAGUUAUCAGAUUUUUAUGUUGGUGUUCAUUCUAUUGUAAUACUUGACAUUUUUAUAAAAGUAAUGCACAUGUGUGCAUGAUGUAUAAAUAAAUAUAUACAAAGUAAUUAGUAACACCAUUUAACAUGUUUUGUUGUCUUGAAUGACCGAAAAAAGGAAACUAACGGAAGUUUGAAUUUGGAUCUCAGGUUGCAUGAAUGUGAUAUUUAUUUUCUUUACUUCUUAAAUGGUUUAACCAAGGAAUUAUUUUUUGAUUAUUGUGAAAGAAACUUAGACAAGAUAUAGGCCAAAUGAAAAAGAAAAAAAAAUUGAGAUUCCUGUACCUCCAUCAGACUUUAAAAAAAUAUUUUUGAUUGAUUGUAAAGCAGAUUUUACAUAUAAGAUCUCUAGUUUUGUUACUUAACCCACUCAUUCUGGGCUGAGAUACUAUGAUGUCCUAGCACUGCAUGGUAGAUUAUAUCUCAUACUGGGAUCAUGUCUUUGUGGUGUGUACAGUUCAGUCUGCUCUAAGUUAUGCACAAGUUUAGCCCAGGUUGCAUUUAUUGAGGAGAAAUAUCCCCUCAAAAGUAGGGUUAAAGCUUCAUUUUAGCAUCAUUAUUAAAAAAUGUUGCAAUCAAAAGCAUAGAAAGCUGGGUAAUUUUGUUUCGUUUCUGAUUUUUCUAUGAGUAGCUGACUCCGCAUUACCCUGAUGCAUUAUUCAUUAUGGCACUGGGGGCUCCUUUCAUCUUUGGUUUUAAAGCAGGACACCAAAAAUGCUACUUACUUUGCUAAAUUUAAGUAUUCAUAUAUCUAUUAUUUUGGAGAAGUAUAAAUAUUAGACCAAGAUAAUAGCAGAUAUAAAGGAGGGCAGAAACAGAAAUAUAGUCUAUUUCUUUUUACCAAUUUUUUUGUGUGUGUGAUUCCUAUGAUGCAUGCUGAAGUAAUUCAACUUUACUUUGUUACAUGUAUUUUUCAGUAUUUACAAGGCUUUAAGGUUCUUGAUGUCUUUGCUUUUCAAAAAUCAGUUCCUUAAAUUUGAAAGUAAGGAACACUUUAUACCAAUUCCUUUCCAUUCAUACUGUUCUGUGAUGUUUCAGAUAUUCCACAGGAUUUUAGAACUUUUUUGUUUGCCUUAUUUAACUCUUUAAUUGUUUAUUUUUCUCAAGGUAAAGGGUAUGUUGGAUAACCCAGAAUAGCUGUACAUAAUAAUUGUUAUAGUAACAGAAUGGGAUAUUACUCUUUAUUUUGACAAGUUCACUUUUUAUGAAAAUGAAAAAAAGUUCACUUUUUAUGAAAAUGAAAAAAAUGAUCAAGCACUAAUUUGUAUUUACUUCUUUAUUUAAUCAAAUAUUGGAAUUAUGAGUUUUACUUUGAUGUUUUGAGAGAAAACAAAAAAGGUGCUGUUUUACAAAGGUGUUAUCUUCAAACACUUGCUAUAGUAUAUCUUAUUAAGAAUGAACUUUAUUUAUCUGGUUUGUAAAAGUGAUUUUGUAAAUAAAGUAAUAAAAAAACUAAA